AUGUCCGCAUGGGCGAGCAUAGCUCAGAAACACUCCUCAAGAUUCAAGGAUUGCGCGAGCUUGAUUAUUCCGAGGCUAUAUUUGUCUGGCCUUUCUACUGCCACGGACGAUGAACUGAUCUCAAAACUUGGUGUAACUCACGUCGUGUCGGUUCUCGAUUGGGCGCCAGAGUUUCCAGCAUCAAUUCCAGUUCCUAAUCGACUGCAUAUUAACUUAUCAGACUAUUCGACCUCGAAUAUUCUUGCCCAUCUAGAUACCACGACGGAAUUUUUGAAGGCAGCGCUUGAAGAGAAUGAAUCGAAUGUUGUCCUGGUUCAUUGCUUUCAAGGUGUUAGCCGCAGUGCGACUGUAGUAUGCGCAUACCUCAUCUCAAAUGUUGGUAUGACUGCCAAGGAGUCAAUCACCUUCGUUCAAUCCAAGCGUAAAAUAGUGUCGCCUAAUAAUGGCUUCAGGAAACAACUUUACUUGUAUGCGAUGCGACUUCGAGAUAAUGCCCUCCUGAGUUCCACAGUUGACGCUGAAGCCAUGGAGGAGAAUACUAAAGUUGUGGAUGGUACACAAAGGACCCCAGUAUCUCUGGGAAUUUCAUCCGAAUAUCCAUAG